AUGUCAAAAUAUGCUACAUAUGAUAUAAUGUGCAAGUUUCUGAUUCUUGGAUCUUCAUAAGUUGGAAAGACAAACCUUUUAAUGCGUUUUAUAGAUGAUAAUUAUAGUGAAAGUCAUAUAACAACAAUAGGAGUUGAUUUUAAAUUUAAAGAAGUAAAAACUAAUGGUAAAAUAAUGAAAAUGCAAAUUUGGGAUACAGCAGGAUAAGAGAAAUUUAGAACUCUAACAUCAAAUUAUUAUAAGUUUGCACAUGGAGUAUUACUUGUUUAUGCAGUUGAUGAUUUGAAAUCAUUUCAAGAUAUUACAUAUUGGAUGAAUUCUUUAAAAUAACAAGGAAGAAAUGAAAUUGCCAUAAUAUUGAUAGCUAAUAAGAAGGAUAUAGUAGAUUAAAGAAUCAUAUCAUAAGAAUAAGGAGAAGAAUUAGCUUAUUAAUUAGGAGUGGAUUAUAUAGAAACAUCAGCCAAAUUAGGUUUAAAUGUGUAUGAAGCAUUUUAAAGAUUAGCUGAAUUAGCAAUAAAAUAAUAAGAUGGAAAGGUUUCAUUACCAAUUCUUACUGAAGAUAAUAGUUAUACAAUAAAUUUAACCAAAAAUAAACACAAUCUAACAAAUAAGAAGGGAUGCUGUUGA